AUGUCUACCGACUGGUCUCUCGACUUCUGUCUCGUCUGUGAUCGCCAGACCUCCGGCGGUCCCUACUGCUCACAGACCUGCCGACUCGCUGAGUUGGAUCGUACAUCGGGCGAGGACGAGCAAUCCUCUCCCAAGCCUCGAGAGGGCGCAACUCACUCUCGAUCCUCUACCCUCGACUCCAUCGAUUCCCGAUCGGCUCGCAGCCUAUCAGCCUCGUCAUCGCAAACCUCACUAUCCUCUCUGCGGAGUCAUGCCUCCAAUGCCGCUCUCUCCGGUCAUCUUCAAGAGGAACUGCGAGACUACGCCAGCUGCUUCGAUCAUGUUCGAGAUCUCAAGCGACGAAUGACUUCCUCCUAA